AUGUCGUCGGAACCAUGCAACCUCGAACGCUUCAGCUCUCUUCCGGCUGAAGUGCGCCUUCACAUAUGGCGCAGCACGCUUGAAGGUGAUCUCGUCGCGAUCCUUCCCAACCAGGAUCACUUGGUCUACCGGCGCAGAAAUCCCGUCAUUUCCAGAGUCAACCGAGAGAGCCGCUGGGAAUUCCUGCGAUUGAACCUCCGUGUGGGUGCCAAGUCUGACGUCAACUCUCCCAACUCCGCCGAAUAUGUCUACCUAAAUCCUCGCAUAGACACCCUCGUCCUCGGCUCCAUCAUUGCGUUGACUCCGCGUGAAGAAUUCGGGAUGGUGAAGAAGAUCUGGGCUCCAUCCAUGUCAAAUGCAGACGCCGAACUGAUCCGGGAAGUUCGACUCCACGAGCCCAAUCUUUGGCUCCAGGCACCUCUGGCAGCCGGCGUCUGGUUUCGGCUGCAUAUCAGCUUCGACCUUGAGGAAUGGUUGUUGGAUCAUGGCGACCGCGAUGUUCCUCGUCUUCCUCGCCUGCAGUUCCCCAACUUGGACACCAUUUGGAUUGCCAGUCUUUACGAGGGUGAAGGUAAUAGCGGAUCGGUGAGGAACCGAGGAACAGUCUACCACUACGUCAUCCCCACCGGCGAGGUGUUCGUGUCGUCCAUCACGGAUGCCGAUUUUGACGAGGGCAUGCGUACCUUCCGACCUGGCGUCGACGCCUCUAAGGUGGCUGUCGUGCGCGUCAACCUGCUUCGCACCAGAGAGCCUGACUGGGAAGUCAAGGGCUGGAAGGCUGUGCUAGAGAACGGGAAACCCAACACGGGGAACCCUGGUUGGCUCAUCGUCAACCGCUAUAUCAUCCGACGUCUGGUCGAGUAG